AUGAGGUCUUGUUGCCUGCUGUUCGCGGCGCUGUUGGGGAGCAUCACCCGCCUCGUGGCCGCAGGCGAGAAUGCUUCCUUGCGCGGCGGCAGCGGUAGUGGCGACGACGUGCUUCACGGCCGAGACGGCCAUAGACCGCCGGCAGACAUAUCGAACGUGACCUGGAAAGCCCGAGAGCUUGUGGAGAGCGAACCCUCCUCUCCAGAAGGAAUCCUAAUCUUGGCGCAGGGAAGGUCCGGCUCGACGAUGCUGGGGGAAUUAUUCCGCCACAACGAGAAGUGUUUGCCUGUGUGCACUCACACACAAACAUCCUCCCAACCUGCUGCGCCCCUGACGUGCUCACACUCUUUCCUCCACAAGAACCACCUGUACUUCUACGAGCCGUGCAGGCAAAGAGGGCAUGGGGUUUUGGGAGGCCUCCAUCAAACCUCAAGCGUAGGCGGGCCGGAAUGCUUCGCUCUCGUUCGAAGGCUCCUCCGGUGCGAGUUCACCCUGCAAGACACGGACGGGAUUUCGGCAGACCGGGCGGCCGCGGAAGCCUCCUCGCCGGCGGUCGAGGAGCCGACGAGGGCGACACGCGACGGUGGCACGGAGGUUGCGAAACGCCAAGAGGCGCUUCAUGUUGCACACGAGACGAUCAUGGAGGCUUGCAAGAGCAGUAGGGCUGUAGUUGUCAAGAGCAUUCGCCUGUACGACGGAUUGAACGGCCAAGACUACGAUACAUCGGGCCUGCACGUUCUUCUGCUGGUCCGGGACCCCCGCGGCGUCGUCAACUCUCAGAUGGGUUUAUGGAACAACCCGAGUAAGAUCGGGGGAAACGGCGGCGACGUUGAUCCGGCACAUGUGGCGAGGAACACCGCGCAAACCCUCGGAGCAGUCAAGUAUCUCCGUCUCCGUUACGAAGACUUCACCACGCUCCCGAAGGUCGUCGCGGAGCUUGUGUACUGCCGGUUCGGCCUCGGGGAGGUUCCCGCCACCGUAAUGGGCUGGAUAAAUUACAACACGAGGAUGCCCGCCUGCAAUGAAAGCGACAACCCAACGCGCCGCUUGGCCGCCCUGGACUCGAUCAUGCUGGGAACAAUCGACGACGAGACUCCUGGGGAAGAAGGCCUCGGGUGGCUUGACGCGAGACGGCGGCUGGAAACGGUGAUUAGAGUGGACGCCCACGUGCAAUCCAAGGAAGGCGUUGGUCAGGGUGAGCAGAGCGGGGAGAAGUGCGCCGAGAACAACCAGGAGGCGGCAAAUAACCCGUACGGUACGCGCAGGCACUCCUCGGCCAUGGCGGACCUGUGGCGGAGCCAAAUGCCCGAGGACAUGGCGGAGAUCGUGUGGGACGCUUGUCAGGAUUCCGGGGUCAUGUCCGAAAUGGACUACCUCAUCUAG